AUGGGGUCCGGAUCUUUCCUCAAGGUGCUCGUCAGCAACCUCGACGUCCUCGCCGGGCCCAUAGUUUCACUCGCUUAUCCUCUGUAUGCGUCUGUUCGAGCAAUAGAAACAAAAUCUCCUAUAGAUGAUCAGCAAUGGCUCACUUACUGGGUGCUGUACUCGUUUAUCACUCUGUUUGAGCUCACUUUUGCUGCAGUAAUUGAAUGGCUCCCUUUCUGGUCUUAUGGAAAGCUGUUUUUCAAUUGCUGGUUGGUCUUGCCCUACUUCAACGGUGCUGCGCAUGUUUAUGAGCAUUUUGUGCGGCCAAUGAUUGUGAACCAGCAAGUUGUAAACAUCUGGUAUCUUCCAAAAAAGGAAGGUUCAGAUAAACCUGACGAUUACUCGUUUGCGAAUAUGGUGGCAAGUGGCCAGCAGUUCUUUGUGCAAAAAGUGACCAUUGGUAGGUUAAUGUUUUAUAGGCUUGUCAUGGGUUUAGAAUGUGGUCCACUCGACCUAUUUAAGACUACAAACGCGAGGCGCUCAAUUUUGGAGGAGGUAGAGGUGGAAAGGAGAGCCAGGGCUGAACGAGAACUGGAAGCGAGGGAUGUGAAUCCAUUCUUCCACCCGAAUUACUGA